AUGGAGCCUUCAAGCUCCUCUACAUCAGCAGACAGCUCAAAGAGCAGAAAUGUCACAUCAAUACAUCUCAAUCUAUAUGAUCUGAUGGCUAGCAAUCUCCUAGCUGCUCACAAGGCUGAGACACAGAAAUCUCAUGCAGAAGCACUAGCUGCUGCAAAUAUGCUUGAUCAGAUUGAAGAAGAUCUAGAUGUCAUGAAGGCAAAAGAUCUAUCAAAAGCAUUAAUUCUUGAAGCUGCUGUGAAGUUCAUCACAAUCAAGUCUGCUGACUCUAUUGAUGCAAAUGAUGCAAAAGCUUCUAUCUAUGCAAAGACAGCUGUAGACAGCAUCAAUAUAAUAAAAACAUCAGCAAUCAUACUGCAGAAACCUCUGCUUAAAAAUAAUCUCAGAGAAGAAAAAACAUUACAAAUUCUUGCAUGUCUGCCUUCAGAUCAUCUAGCUCACAAAGCAAGCUCAAUUGCUACUCUUAGAAAGCUGAAGACUGAACUUCUGAGGUCUUUGACAGCAGUCAUCACAGCAGUUCAAGUUAUUUCUUCAGGCAUUGUCAUCAUUUCUAGAAGUUUGCAAGAUAUGAAGACUCUGCUAGCUCAAAAGAAUGUUUUAGCAGCCACUCUCAUCAAUGCUCAGAUAGAGAAGAAAGAACAUUGA